AUGGAACUGGGCCUGGGGGAGCUCCAGCUGCUGGUUUUGGUCCAGGAGGUCAAGGCACAGGCAUGUGCUGGUGUCAAACCUGGGAAGUCAGGGUAUGGAGGCUUUGGGGCAGGGGGCACAGGUGGAGCAUUUGGAACCCAAGGAACUGGGGCCAACAGAGGUCAAGGUGCUGGAACAGGUCUCGUACCUGGAGGUGGCUUUGGAGGAGGUUACGGUCCAGCCAGUGGGAAUCAAGUUCCAGGAAGUGGUGGAAUAGGACCCAAACCCCCAAAGACUGGUUAUAGCUCAGGAGGGACAGGAUUUGGACCUGGUGGUGCAGCAGCUGGUCCUGGUGCGACAGGAUAUGGGCCUGGUGGAGCAGGAUAUGGGCCUGGUGGAGCAGGAUAUGGGCCUGGUGGAGCAGGAUAUGGGCCUGGGGGUGCCGGAGUUGGGCCUGGGGGAGCAGGAGUUGGUCCUGGUGCAACAGGUUUUGGGCCUGGAGGUGCAGGAUUCGGGCCAGGUGGAGCAGGAGUCGGGCCCGGGGGUGCAGGGUUUGGGCCUGGAGGUGCAGGAUUCGGGCCAGGUGGAGCAGGAGUCGGGCCCGGGGGUGCAGGGUUUGGGCCUGGAGGUGCAGGAUUCGGGCCAGGUGGAGCAGGAGUCGGGCCCGGUGGCGUAAAUGCAUUUUUGCCACAAGGUGGUGCUGCAGGGAUGGGACCAGGUGGGAAGAGUAGCGGCAAAUCAUCAAAACAACUUCCAGGUGUCGGGGUUCCUGGACUCUAUCAAGGGGGAUUUGUACCAAGUCAAGAUUUUGGAGGACGUGGUGUUCUCCCUGGAGUGGCAACUGGUUCUGGACUUGGGUCUCAGGCAGGUGCCAGGGUACUUGGCCAGGGCGGUGCUGGUCAAGGAAGCGACAAUGGUCGAGGACAGCAACUGCCAGGGAUUUUUCGUGGGUACCCUCUGAUAUCUCCAAAGUCAGGAACAGGGAAGUCGAAGAGCCCAGCAAAAGCUGCAGCUAAAUAUGGUGGCGCUGGAGGAGGUGCGCUUGGUCAAGGUGGCAAUUUAGGAGUUGGCACUGGCGGACUCCCUGGUGGAGGGCUAGGUUUUCCUGGCUUUGGAGGUGGAGCUGGAACAGCAGGUGGACCUGGAGCGGUUCCUGGAUACGGGGGCGGAGCUGGAACGGCUGGUGGACCUGGAGCGGUUCCUGGUUAUGGGGGCGGAGCUGGAACAGCAGGUGGACCUGGAGCUCUUCCUGGAUAUGGCGGUGGAGCUGGAACAGCAGGUGGACCUGGAGCUGUUCCUGGAUAUGGGGGUGUAUCUGGAACAGGUUAUGGUCCUGGAUCAGCCAAAGCACGCAAAUAUGGUCAGCCUAGUGGUGCCAGCACUGGUACGACUGGAGGGUUUGGUGUACCGGGAGGAAAUGCUGGUGUUAACACAGGAGUUCCCGGAUAUGGUCAAGGUGGUGCGGUCACUGUUCCUGGAUAUGGGGGUGUAUCUGGAACAGGUUAUGGUCCUGGAUCAGCCAAAGCACGCAAAUAUGGUCAGCCUAGUGGUGCCAGCACUGGUACGACUGGAGGGUUUGGUGUACCGGGAGGAAAUGCUGGUGUUAACACAGGAGUUCCCGGAUAUGGUCAAGGUGGUGCGGUCACUGGUCCAGGAUAUGGUCCAGGUGGUGCCGGCAGUGGUCCUGUAGGAGGUGGUUACGGACCAGGUAGUACUGGCCCUGGACUAGGCGGAGCUGGGACAGGAAUAGGAUCUGGAGGUUAUGAUGCCAAUGCCAAAGCUCGCAAAUACGGCAUGUACAGUGGAGCACUGGGAAGUCAAGGAAUAAGUACUGGAGGACUAGGUCCUGGUGGUGCUGGUACAGGCUUUAGACCAGGAGGCGGAGGUGGACCUGGAGGUGUUGGCACAGGUUAUGGCCCAGGAGGAGUGGGGCCUAAUGGUGUUGGAACAGGAUUUGGACCAGGAGGAGUCGGGCCAGGAAGUGCAGGAAAAAGCUACGGACAAAGUGGAGUUGGAGCUGGUGGUGCUGGCACAGGCUAUGGACCUGGGGGAGUAAGGCCUGGUGGUGCUGGGACAGGGUUUGGACCAGGAGGAGUCGGACAAGGUGGUGCAAGUAAAAGCUAUGGACCAGGUGGAAUUGGAACUGGUGGUGCCGGCGCAGGCUAUGGACCAGGCGGAGUAAGGCCUGGUGGUGCAGGUACAAGCUUUGGACCUGGAGGCGUCGGACCUGGCAGUGCAGGUAAAGGCUAUGGAGCAGGAGGUGUCGGACCUGGUGGUGCUGGCACAGGUUAUGGACCAGGAGGAGCAGUUGCACCGGGUGGUACUAGCACAGGUUAUGGACCGGGGGGAGUAAGGCCAGGCGGUGUUGGUACAGGGUUUGGACCAGGAGGAGUCGCACCUGGCGGUGCCGGAAAAAGCUAUGGACCAGGAGGAGCCGUUGGACCUGGUGGUGCAGGCACAGGUUAUGGACCAGGAGCAGUUGGAACUGGUGGUGCUGGUGCUGGUUUUGGACCUGGCAGGGGAUUUGUGCCUGGCGGUGCAGGUACCGGCUAUGGACCAGGAGCAGGAACUGGACCUGGAGGUGCUGGCACUGGAUUUGGACCAGGAACAGGAGUUGGGCCUGGAAGUGCUGGCACUGGAUUUGGACCAGGAGCAGGAGUUGGGCCUGGAGGUGCUGGCACUGGAUUUGGACCAGGAGCAGGAGUUGGGCCUGGAGGUGCAGGAUAUGGACCCGGAGGUUAUGCUGGUGCUAAGGCUCGCAAAUAUGGUCUUCCUGGGGGAACCAAGGGUGCAGGAGGACUUGGUGUUGGAACUGGACCAAGUUCUGGCCUAGGAGUGGGAGGAGGGUUCCAAGGACAAGGUCCUGGACAAACAGCUGGACGAGGAGCCGGUGCAGGACAAGGGGCAGGUGGAUUGCCUGGUUCUAGUGUUGGAACUGGAGGAGGACCUGGUGGGUUUGGACAGGGUAGCACAGGAGCUUCUCCUGGUGGGGCCAAGUCUCUCAAAUACGGUCUUCCUGGUGGUGGAACUCCUGUGUCGGGUCAAGAUGGAAGAGUAGGUGGCACUGCAGGGACUGGAGGAGCACUGGGGACUGGUGGAAACGGAUAUGGACCUGGGGUUGCGCCUGGUGCAGGUUUUGGACAAGGCGGAGGCUACAGUGCAGGGACAGGAACUGGAUAUGGACCAGGUUAUGGAGCUGGAGAAAAGGCUGCCAAAUACGGUCAAGGUGGUGCCGGUGGUGGGGCAGGAGCAGCACAAGGAGGCUUUGGAACAGGAGGUUUUGGAACAGGCACAGCAGGUCAAGGUUAUGGUACAGAAGGAUCCAAGGCUGACAAAUACGGUCUACCUGGUGGAGUGUCACCUGGAGGAGGAGCCGGUACCGGUGCUCCAAUCAACGGCACUGGCGUUUACACGAACGGAACCCGCACCAGGGGUGGUGCUCGCACAACAACCAGACCUGGUGGACGUGAUGCUGCACGAGGCACGCUAGCGCCGUUACCAGCAGGUGGACGCGGUGCUGAAGUGGGAAAGGAUGGAAAAGACAUUGAUGGAGGUGAGGGUGGUCCCGGCGGUGUGAUUGAGGGGUCUGGCAUUGCUGCAGGAGAAGGGGGAUUUGGAGGAAGACCAUUUGGCGCUGGAACUGAUGGAGAUGGUCUGAAGGGAACAGGAAUUCCCAUCCUUGGAGCAAAACCAGGUAUCGGUGGGACUCCACUUCCAGGUUCCACAGGCGCUGCACCUGGUGGUGGAAGAGCUGUCCAACCAACCGGUGCAAUCGGUGUACUGCCUGGUGCCAAACCUCUCAAACCUCCAGGAGUCCCAAGAGGGGAUACACCAGGUGAAGGAGAGGGAGAAGCGGGUCCUUUUGGAGACAGAUUUGGCACAGGAGGAAGACUGACAGGAGUAGAAAGUACUCCUUCCAGUGCAGGAGCAGUAGGAGGAGUUUCAGGUGGUGUGAGAGGAACUGGAAGAGGAGGUGGCCCUGCAACUGGAACUGGAGUUGGACCAGGUGGCACAACUGCAGCAGUAGGAGGAACACUAAAACCCUCCAAAGCAUACAACCCCGAUGGCACAAAAGUUGGAGCUUCACCUGGUGGAGUAGGGGGUGGCACUGCAGUAUUUGGAGGAGGUCCAGGAGGAGUUGGUUUCGGUCCUGGUGCAGUUGGAGGAGGCCAAGGAGGAGUUGGAUUUGGGCCUGGUGCAGUUGGAGGAGGUCCGGGAGGAGUUGGAUUUGGGCCUGGUGCCGUUGGAGGAGGUCAAGGAGGACUUGGGGUUGGCCCUGGUGGCAUGGUGCCUGGCGGAGCAGGAACAGGUGCCGUGAAACCUGGAAAAAGUUAUGGUGCUGGUGGAGCGGGAGCUUUACCAGGUGGAGGUUUACGCUUUCCGAAUGGGGCUGGAGUGGGACAAGGAGGAAAACCAGGCAAAACAUAUGGAACUUUUGGAGCAGGAAACCAAGGUGGUGUUGGGCCUGGUGGCUACGGUGGUCCUGGAGGUGUUGGUGCGACACCCGGGGGCUAUGGCACAGGAUUAGGGGGUUACGGUACCGUACCAGGAGGUUAUGGUGCUGGACCUGGAAGUUAUGGGGCCAAGACAGGAAGCAAGGGUGUUGGUGGUGGUGUCGGUGGAGCUGGGACCCUUGGAGCUGGAGCUGCUGGAGUUGGUCCUGGGGGUUUGGGAGGAGGAGCACGUUAUGGUGCUGGUGCAGGUGGAGUGGGGGGAUAUAGCGGUUCAAGAUAUGGCGCUGGAAAACCGUCAAAAAGCUAUGGGGCAGGACCUGGGCAAGGUGGCUAUGGAGCUGGACUGGGUGGAGCUGGUUCAAGUCCAGGCGGCUUUAGACCGGGUGGAGCUGGUUCAAGUCCAGGUGUCUUUGGACCGGGUGGCACUGGACCUGGCGGUUUUGGACUUGGUACGACAGGAGGAGGACUAGGUCGUGUUGGAGCUGGGACAGGAGGUUAUGGACCCGGUGGUUUUGCCACACCUGGCAUUAAUGGGAAUGGUGGCACAGGUCAAGGACAGGGUAUAAGGAAACCAAUUAAAUCUGGUUAUGGCUCACCCUCACUGGGUGGACCUGGCUAUGGCAAUGGUGGCUUUGGCCCAGGCAGUGCUGGCACAGGAACCGGUGGCUUUGGACCUGGCGGUGCUGGCACAGGAACCGGUGGCUUCGGACCAGGCAGUGCUGGCACAGGAACCGGUGGCUUUGGACCAGGCGGUGCUGGCACAGGAACCGGUGGCUUUGGACCAGGCAGUGCUGGCACAGGAACCGGUGGCUUUGGACCAGGCGGUGCUGGCACAGGAAUUGGUGGCUUUGGACCAGGCGGUGCUGGCACAGGAAGAGGUGGCUUUGGACCAGGUGGUGCUGGUUUUGGACCGAGUGGUUCUGCUAAAGGAAGGGGAGGCGUCGUACCAGGGUUUACCGGCGUUGGACCAGGUGGCUAUGGACCUGGUGGUGCUGGCACCGGAACCGGUGGCCUUACACCUGGUAGUUUCAGACCUGGUGGUGCCGGUACAGGCGGGUUUAUACCAGGCAGUACUGGUACGGGAACAGGUGGAUUCCAUCCGGGCAGUGCUACCAAAGGAACUGGAGGCUUCAUACCAGGUGCUGGUGGUAUGGGAAAUGGUAGAUUUGGACCAGGAGGUGCUGGAACAGGCAGCUUUGGACAAGGUGGCUUUGUUCCAGGAGCCGGUGGCAUUGGUCCAGGCGGUGCCCGCACAGCAAUAGGUGGCUUUGGACAAGGUGGCUUCAGUCCAGGUGGCUUUGGACCAGGUGGCCAACAAUUUGGAAAAGUGAAACCACUUACACCUGGAGGUGCUGGUUCUGCUGGCGUUGGAUUUGGUGGCUACGGCUCACGAGGAUAUGGCCCAUCUGGAACUGGGACAGGCUCUUUUGGUUAUGGGCCUGGUGGACAAACACUUGGAACAGGGAAACCUGCUAAAUCAGGUUAUGGCUCGUCGCUAGGAGGAGCAGGAUAUGGACCAGGCGGAGCUGCAAUGGGUGUUCCCGGAGCAGGAACUGGAGGACUUCUUGGAGGAGGUCAAGGUGGGGCUCUCAAUAGCUUCGGUGGAGGAGCUGCUGGAGGCUAUCAAGGAUAUAUGGGGGCUGGACAAAAAUCAAGCGCCCAGAAAGCAGCUAAGUAUGCAGCCAUGCAGAAUUUCCUGGGAGCUGGAGCCUACAGAGGUGCUGGCUGUCAAGGUAAAUACUGCGGCCGAAUGAGGAAGUGAGAAAGCGGCAGACAGGAUGUGACCUCAUUGCAACAACAGCGGUGCUAGACUGAUUCCAUAAUCCCAGGCUGUACACAACCUACCUUGCAUUGGAGCCAGAGCUUCAGAACAUCACUGAGAGGUCACCAGCUUAGCGCCAUGGUUCUCAACUUGUUGGCGUCAAGAUUCCUUUAACACUUAAGGGAUCCUGACAUCCAUGCUGAGAACCGCUGGAAUGAGGACUAGAUAUUUCUUGUAUGAAGUAUUGCUAAUGUUAGCCUGAUACCAACUGGGCUCGGAGAGGAUGUGCUGAGGACUCGGUCUAACUUUGACACUGCUGAUGAGGAACUACACACACUCAAUGUGAGAUGAUAAUGUAACAUACAACACACACACUAAAUGUGAGGUACUACAACAACCGAGUAGCCUCCAUCCAUUCAUGUGUUUGUUUGCUGUCUACUGUGCAUCACUGUACUAGUCUUUAACUUAUACUGACAACCAAGCUUGUUAUCUAUUUAGUCAAGUGUUACAAUUGCGUAUUAUUUUGUGCUACGCUCUACAUGUGCGAGUGCAUCGUUUGUUUCCUACAUGGUUGAUGAAUGUGUGUUUCAUCACAGUGCUGUGUGUGAACUUUUUUUUAGGGAGUAAAUGAAUCUCAUCUUGCACUCAAGUCGUGAUUUUCAUCGUUUCUAAUGAACAUAUGUUGCCAAUGGGCAAACACUUCCUGGUAGUGCUUUUCAAUAAAAGAA